CAGUUAAAUUCAGUCGAUUUUUGACCGUUGAAUCAGCUGGUUGCGGUCGGUCUGUAAGUGCGAGUGGGAGAGCGCGCGUGCUAAAGUGAAUCCGUUGCAUUUCUCUUCCUCUUCCACUCUUCACACCUACGCAGAGGUGUGUGUGCGCGUGUACAAGUGUGCGUCUGCCCAUAUGUGUAAAUUAACACAACAACAGCCAAUGCAACAACAACACAAAAUCACAGUCAGCUGUGAAGUUUCUUUGAAUGUGUGAAAUCAUAUAUGCAAAUGGCAAAAAUAAGCAGAAAUUACAAAUUAAUAGUGUGAAAUUUUCAUAUACAAAUUAAAGCAUGCUAAUCGAAAUAGCUCAAAAAGCAACUGAGUAAAAUCAAAGUAUUCAAAAUAAAAAAAAAAAAUAAAAAAACACAACCACAACACAAACGCAGAAGGUUAUACAUGUAUGUGUUUAUUUUGUGAAAUUUGGCAAACGGAAUUGGAACUUGGGAAUUUUUGACAGCAGAAUCAAGGAGCGAAAAGGAGAGCAGGAAGCGGGCUUUUUGUGGUCACGCUCGGAAAAGUGAGAAUCCAGGAAGCGGGGGAAGGAAACUCAUGCGAAAAGGCUCAUCCCAAGGAUCCUUCUAUUCCCAAGGCUCUUUUUUCACACAUAUCCAGGCGCUUCAGACUGAUUGACACCACAGACUGUUAUAAACCGUAGAUGAUAUCUUCCAGAAGGGGACAACGCAUAUCAGUUGAGGAGACAAGAAAAAAUACUAACAAACGAUUGGAAAAGAAGAAAAACAUAUCCUGCAUCAUAAAUCAUUGCCAGGCUUUGAUUAAUGUUGCGUAUACGCAAUGUUGUCGGCCCCUGAGUUGGACUCUAACUAAGUGAAAGCUCAAAUCGCUCAAAAAGAGACAGAGAGAGGGAGAGACAAACAGACAGAGAGAAAGAGUGAUAUAUAGAAUCGGCUUCCAUUAGCACCUUCUGGGGUUAUAAACAACAUCAUCAUCAUCAUCAUCAUCAGGCACAGAAGUUGAAUCCACAAAUCCAGAAACCAAAGAUGGCCUUCAUCUGGCGAAGACGUUCCACAACGAUUGUGAAGCUGGUGGCCUUCCUCCUGGCCAUUUGGUUCUGCAUAGCCUUUCUGGUCUACACGGAUGACACACGACGAAGAGCCUCUCAGGAGGGUGGCAGUGGAGCGGGCAGCGCCGUGGGUGGUGGUGGAGGUGGAGGACUGGGGGAUCCAAUUGCUCUGGCCCUGAGGAACGACCCUGCUGGCGAGGACUUUGGCGUCAAUGGGAAUGUCAUCGGAGGAGGUGGUCAAAAGCAGGCGCAUGAUGAGGCUGAUAUCCCACCCACAGUGGGCAAACACAAGGUCGACCAUCAAGCGGAAAGGAUGCGAAAGAAGGCUGCCGAGCAGCCCAAGAAGAAGGCGAAUGAUGACAACAAAAAAGUGAUUGAACCUCCGAGCGAAGUUGAGGAGAAUCCUGGCGAGUUGGGCAAACCGGUGCGUCUGCCCAAGGAAAUGCCUGAGGAGAUGAAGAAGGCCGUUGACGAUGGCUGGACCAAAAACGCCUUUAAUCAAUAUGUCUCGGAUUUGAUAUCAGUUCAUCGUAAUCUGCCUGAUCCGCGAGAUGCAUGGUGCAAGGAUGAGGCACGUUAUCUGACCAAUUUGCCCAAGACCGAUGUCAUUAUUUGCUUCCACAAUGAAGCCUGGACUGUGCUGCUGAGAACAGUUCACUCGGUGUUGGACAGGUCACCAGAACAUCUUAUAGGAAAGAUUAUUCUGGUAGACGAUUACAGUGAUAUGCCUCACUUGAAGAGGCAGCUGGAGGAUUACUUUGCCGCCUAUCCCAAGGUUCAGAUUAUCCGAGGCCAGAAACGAGAGGGUCUGAUUCGAGCCAGAAUUUUGGGUGCCAAUCAUGCCAAGUCACCCGUUCUCACCUAUUUGGACUCCCAUUGCGAGUGCACAGAAGGCUGGCUGGAACCACUUUUGGAUAGGAUUGCCCGCAAUGCCACCACUGUCGUAUGUCCUGUGAUUGAUGUCAUUAGUGAUGAGACCCUGGAGUAUCAUUAUCGCGAUUCUACUGGAGUUAAUGUUGGUGGCUUUGAUUGGAAUCUGCAGUUUAGCUGGCACCCGGUUCCGGAAAGGGAAAGGAAGCGCCAUAAUAGCACCGCCGAACCCGUCUAUUCACCCACAAUGGCCGGUGGUUUGUUCUCCAUCGACAGGGAAUUCUUCGAUCGAUUGGGCACCUAUGAUUCCGGAUUCGAUAUUUGGGGUGGUGAGAAUCUGGAGCUCUCCUUCAAGACCUGGAUGUGCGGUGGCACUUUGGAGAUAGUACCCUGCUCCCAUGUUGGUCACAUUUUCCGUAAACGUUCCCCGUACAAGUGGCGUUCGGGCGUGAAUGUGCUGAAGAAGAACUCCGUGCGAUUGGCCGAAGUUUGGAUGGAUGAGUACUCGCAGUACUACUAUCACCGCAUCGGCAACGACAAGGGAGAUUGGGGAGAUGUCAGUGAUCGCAGGAAACUCCGUAACGAUCUCAAGUGCAAAAGCUUCAAGUGGUAUUUGGACAACAUUUACCCCGAACUCUUCAUUCCCGGCGAUUCGGUGGCCCAUGGAGAGAUAAGAAAUCUAGGUUAUGGCGGUCGCACCUGCUUGGACGCACCUGCUGGCAAGAAGCACCAGAAGAAGGCCGUGGGCACGUAUCCCUGCCAUCGGCAGGGUGGAAAUCAGUACUGGAUGCUCAGCAAAGCUGGUGAAAUCCGACGCGAUGACUCCUGUCUCGAUUAUGCCGGCAAGGAUGUAACGCUGUUUGCCUGCCACGGCGGCAAAGGAAAUCAGUUCUGGACUUUCCGCGAGAACACAAAGCAGCUGCACCAUGGCACCUCUGGUAAAUGUUUGGCCAUCAGCGACAGCAAGGACAAGCUGCUGAUGGAGGACUGCAAUUCGAGCCUUGCUCGCCAACAGUGGACCCUCGAGAACUACGACAGCUCCAAGUUGUGAGGCUACUUCUAUGCGAGGGGCAACCUACUGUUGCCCACUUCGCGUCGACACCAUCAACCACAUGCAUAGCGGCAGGACCAGAAGAAAAGGAAGCAAAUUCAGGACAUGAAGUGGCGUCAGGAGUUGGAGUAGUUAGAUUCCCCCGAGGCAUGUGCAAUAGAGAGUGGGAGUGGAAGUGGAUUGUAGUAGUAGCAGCAGCAGCAUUACUUGCCAUGCUAUAUAAAUAUUAUUAAAAUUUAUAUAUUUCCAAACAACAGAAUAGACGUUACUUAGCCCUAAGUACCACACACACACACACAUCCACUGACUAGACAAACACUGAGAAAAAGAGAACGACUGCUGUACAGUAGCUAUAAGUUGAUAAGUUUUCUAGACCUAAGUCGGAGCACUUAGGAUUAGGUUAAUGGAGCCUGGGCCAAAUAAACAAGUGCUGGCCAACCAAACGAAGUCGUAGCGCAAUUUUUGCAUUUAAAUUUGUAAACAUUUAGCACAAUUUACGAAAAGUGUGAACACCUUGUCUCUAACUACUUGACUUAUUUUCCGGAUUAUUUAUGAAUUUUACAAAAAAAAAAAAAAUGUCAUCAAAUGGCUCUGCGAAAGCCUCAUUCCAAAUAUAUGUUUUAGUGUGUAAGCCUUAGGCUAAGUCUAAGUUGGAAAGCAUUUGGUGAUAGCCUUUCUUUCGCCUUUUGACCUCUAGCAUUCCCAUAUAUAUUUUAUUUUUUAUUUUUAUUACAUAUUAACUAUUCUCUCUGAAUGGCGAACCAAAACUUUGAUUUUAUUUAUUUUCGUACCAUUUAGGGACAGUCUUGUGUUGCUUAAUUUUUAGACGAGGAGCGUUGCUAACCUUAUGUCAAAUUACUUUUAGAUUUCGGUUAACUUUGUGUUCUCUUUGAAAGUCCGUUGCAUUUCCCUUCGUUGGAUUCUCAAAACGACAACAUAUCCUAUUUGUUGGACAAAGCCAGCUUGUAGUACUUACAUAUAUCAGUUUCCAAACUACCGAUAUCACACAAGAUAUAUAUAUAUAUAUAGCGUUAGUCUAUAGUGGUUAGUCCUUAAUGCAAAUGUGCAUAGUGCCUUCUAUUUAUAACGGACGCAUUCUUACACAGAUUUGUAUGUUACUCCGUAAUCGUUCAUCGAACUCUUCUAGAUUUAGGCUAGGUCACAAUCACAGCGACUGUGUAUAUACUGUACUGUACAAUUUCAUAUCGCAUCCUGCAGAAUGUGUACAUAACUAUGAUUAAAUAUACUGUUUUAUUCAAGACUAAAACGUACAUAUUAUAUCCGCAUGAUAGCCAAGAGAGUUGCGCGUUGUUUUUCAUUUGCUAUGUUUUAUUCCAGCCAGCGAGCUUCACUGUAGGCGGCAUUUACAUUUAACAUACGAAACCAAAAGCCAUAGGAAGUGGUCGAUAAUCUUUUUUUAAACUAAACUUACAAUAGUUAACUAAGACCGUAGUAAAUGUGUAGUAAGGAAGCAAAAAUUGUGCAAGAAAUCAGAUACAGUUAUAAAUAAAACUAUGUGAAUUGAAAA